CGCCGCCGUGUGUGUUUACAUCGGGCGGGAGGAGCCGGAGCGCUGGGGGAGACGGGGACGCAGCAGGCUGCGACGGCCGCCCGCCCUCCAUCCCCUGCGGGCGGUGCGCGGGGAGACGCGGCAUGAAGGGACCUACCAUAGAAACACAGAUGGUGGAAGAUGAAACUGAGACGACAAGUGAAGAUCUGCCCCCUCAUCUGCGGGAAGAACCUCCCGAAGAUGCCAGCAAGGACCAUCCACAGCAGCAGGCAGGGGUGAUCUGGAGAGUGACGGGCGGCCUGUUCAGCAUCACCCGGGGAGCGGUGGGGGCCACGCUGGGAGGAGUCGCCUGGGUGGGCAGCAAGAGUCUGGAGCUCACCAAGACGGCUGUGACCAGUGUCCCUGCUGCCGGCGUUGGACUGGUGAAGGGCAGCGUCUCGGCUGUGACCGGUGGCGUCGGAGCUGUGGGCAGCGCUGUCGCUGGCAAAGUCCCUUUCACCGCAAAGAAGAAGGACAAGGCUGACUAAUCCCCAUCGCAGCCCCUUUCCGAAAGGUCUACCUGCCCAUACUCUCCCACACACAGCCCUCUUUGAGUUGGAACCAGCCACUUCAGGGAGGGUCAAGCACCCGAGCAGACUCCGGCUGCAGCCUGCUCAGCACCUCCUGCUUGGCUCAGGGCUCCCAGAGCCGCUGUCUAUGCCUUUCACUCCCAUCACCUCCUGGGAACCAUCUCUGCUCCGAGGACUUCAAAGCACAGUUGUCUCUGUUGUGUGGUUUCCUUCUUCCCUUCUGCCUCUUGUAAGCACAGAGGGGUGGGAGAGGCUCCAUCUGCCUGGAGCCAGGGACAAGGGGACAGGGUGAGUUACGCCUGUCUUGGGGCGUGGGUUGUAUAGUUGAAUUCAGCUUCAUCAGGGAAGACAGCCUUUGAAACAGCACUUCCCUCAGCCCUGAGAAGUGUGCCUGGGGAGUCUGUCUGGGGGAGAAUGGUGGAAGAAAGUCCCACUGACACAAAGGAGAGAUACUGUGAAGAGGGGGAAACCUCCCUCCUGCCCUGCAUCUCUUAGGUUUUCUUUCAGGGCCCACUCACAGGCUGCUCCCAAUCACACACUCCCUGGCUGAAUUGCACCCUUCAGAGAACGAACCCUCAAUCUCAACAGUGCAGCUCCAGUUAUGAUGCCACACAAGAGUAUCAUGUGUCCCAGACCAUCAACUUCUGUGUGGAUUUCCUUGGUGGGAGGCAGGAGGAUGAAAUCUGCUGUAUAUUCUCACUGGGGGAGAGAGCUGCCAGUGGUAUCUGCUAGGCAUCUGUGAUGUUACAGCACAGGUAGUGGGUGUGCCGCUGGUGAGAGAGGAGAGGUGCCCUUACUGUAGAGACGCAAACCAGCCCUUGGAUUUGACCCUUGAAGUCCUUGCAGUAUCCCCAUUUGCUAAAGGGGCACUCUGGCUGUAGGCCACACUCACUCCACAGAUGUCACUGGUAACCACAAGCAAGCGUGUUCCCAACUGCCGCCCAAAUUCUGCUCCAGGGAGGCUGAGAGCCUCGCUCUCCUGUGGCUCAGCACCCCGGGAGCAGUGCCUGGCUGGGAGUGGGGUGCAUUGCUUUGGAGAACGUGUCCCUGAGGAGCUCCAGCCCAGCUCCUCUGAACCACCGUAUUGCACUAAAAGCCCACCCAAACUCUCAGUGCCGCAGAAACCCAGACACCUGCAUCCAUCUGGGAGCGUUAGCCAUCCUCAAUCUGGCCCGUGAUGCUCGGGGGUCAGUGACAUCGUGCACUCACACACACGCACGUGCACAUGCUCACACUCCACGGCCCCUGCGAUUCUCGGGAUGAGGAAAGCCGCAGGUUCCAACAUUAACUCUGCCUUCCCUGGCUUUGGCAGGUUAGUAGCCUAGGUUGUUAGCUGUUGGAUGCGUAGGCAAGUGAAGCAGUGUUUGUGCUGUGUUUUAUAGAUAUGCAUAUGUAUUAGCGUGUGUGUACGUAGCAACCCACAGGCAUGUUUUCAGCCAGGUGAGAAAAACUGUGCCACUGCCGUGGAGGAGUUCACAUCGUCAUCUUUGGCACUUCUGGCAUGUAGGUUUGUAUAGGGUCCUUGUCACAAUAAUCACAGUUCUGAGGAAGAUGUCCUCUCCGUGGCCCAACAGCUUAGUUUACUGAAACCAAAGGAAUGUGAACAAUCUCCUUUCUCCUGUCUGUGCCGUUUGUUUACUUUCUGCCCUAUCUUUGGACGUCGAAGCCGACUUCCUUCGUUUUCAUUUCCUGUGCAGGCUCAUUGCAUUUCCUGGCUGCCUAGGCCUCAAACAUCAGGGAAUAUUUAAGUACAAGUCGUCCCCUCCCAAUCCUGACUGAAUGUUCUUGGGCUUGUGAAGCCGUUUUGAUUCUGACCUUUAUUCAGUCCACAUUUUGGGCCUGCCACAAGUCACUGUGUCCCUGUGCUCAUCAUGCUGCUGCUAGGUUCUCCCUGUGCGCCUGGCUGGGCAGCAGACCUGCCGUUUGCAAUGAGAAGAGCUUCCUGAUCUCCACACUGUUUUACUUUGGGUACCAUGAGAGUGGUUUAACCUACAUCUUUGUUUCUAAAGAGGAAACGGCGUUCAGUAUGAGUGCGCAUUUCCUCUCCUUGUGUGCUUUGUUCUUGAGAAGGCCACGUUGACCCAGAUGUGUUGGUUCAGUCUCUGACGGCAGCAGCUUCAUAGAAAGAUCAGGUCUUGUGCACCUGCACUUUGCUGGGAUGCUCGUGGCAGUGAGCAAGGCCAGAAGAAACCUUUUCUGUUCUUCCUUUGUAGUGAAUGCCCUGCUAAGCAGGAGGGCAGUCUGCACUGCAUGGAUCUCUGCUCACCGCUCUCUCUCAGUGUGUCUCAUUUCUUAUUCCAAAUCACAGACUGCUUCUGAAUCCAUCUCUAGCCCCAAAGCUAAAAGCUGCUUGUGCAUAACUAGCUGUGCUGUCACCAGCUCUCUUGGAAAGACACAGUUUCUUACCCACUGGGACUCCUCGUCACUACCUCUCCAAGGCUUUAGGCAGGAGAAGAUGCUGUGAAAAAGCUUCACAUAACUAUCCACCUCUGGACAGAUGAUGGGGAGCUCAUCAUGCUCUGACAACCAGUAUCCCACACAGGCCUGUUCUUCUGGGGGAAGCAUUAGAUCCUUCUCAAGCUAUUGUCUGCAGGCGUGGAAAAUAUGAUAAAGGUGCAUUGAGAAAGGCUGUAGGGAACCUAGGGGUUUCCCAUCUUUGCUCUUCUGUUCUUUGGUGACUCCCUGCAGUAAAUGGAGUGAAGCUCCCCAUUUGUCCCCGUUUGAUGGAUGGCCUGAACAGGGGAGAAGAGAACUGCUGUCCUUUGAGCCCAGCUAAUGGAGAGCUCAUGCACCGUAAAUAGCAAAAAAAAGGAAAACUAGCAGCUGGGGACAGAAGAUUAAAUCUACUAAAAAACCAGGGCCUCCUGCUGCUUAAUGAGUGUUCAGGAAUACAUAAACACACUGGGCUCAGAGGAAGGCCUGUGGAGGUACGGCUGCUGGUGUGCUAGGCCUGCUCGUUUGAUCCGAGUGAUCCAGUCCUGAGCUGCUCUUCUGGGCACUCUUUGUGCCAGAGCAGAAAGAAGCAGCAUUGGUAUCCAUCACUGUAAGCACAAAGGCCACCCAGGCCACUUCUCACACAGCCUCUUGAAGAAGAGGCUAAGAGCUACGUUUUGCUUCAGUCCCACUGAUACCAUCUGGGGGACUUGGUACAAGGGGGACAGUGUGAAGGUGGAUAGGUGGGUGAAGGGAGCUCAUUCAAGGAAGAUUUGGGUCCUGGUGUUAGGAGAGGAGGACAGGAGGAGCAAGAAAGGGAGGAGCACAAAGAGAAUUUGAUUCUUAGGACAGGCUGUGAAUCAGAGGAUGAAUGUAAGAGAGUUUGCCCUAGGGAAGAGUGUGGAAGAACAUGAGUUUUGGGGUGUGGUGUUUUUCUGCUCCUGACUGGGGCCCUGCUUCCACAGCAGUGAUGAUAAUGAGGUUGUUUCCGUUUGGCUGGAUCAGUGUGCCCAAAAGAGGGUCCAGGCACCAAGCCAGCCCCUCUUCACUCCCAGAGCUCCCCCAGGCAUUUGCCAGGACCCCCCCAUUGCAGGGCCGGGCUGCAAUUCUACACACAGCUCAGUGCCCCACCACAGCUGGGCGUUCCCCUGCCCCAGAGGCUUACCCUGGCCUGGAGAAGAGCCCAUGGGCACUUCCUUUCCUCCCUUUUCCCUUGCUCAUCCUAUUAGCGUUCACCUUUUUUUUCCUUCGCUUUUCGUCUUGCCCUAGGUGCAGAGCUCUCCAAAGCUCCCCUAGAGACCUCCAUUACACAUCCACGCUCACAUUAGCUGGGAGGGCAGAGAGGGUGACUGCUCCUGUGGCUGCCCUGGCUGGGAGAGGAGUGCAUGUCUUCCACCCCUUUCUGUCUGCUUGUGUUCAUGUCUGGAAAAUCUUAACCCACUUCUUUCCCUCUGGGUUUUCUUGUUGGCUUUUGUUCCUGUGGGUGGGUCAUUCCCGUGUCCCCACUGCAAAGUCAUCCUGGUGAAAAUAGCAGCACGAGCAUAAACGUGGAGAUGGAUGGAGAGAGCCACAGAGCUGCCAGGAUGGACGUCGGGCCCAUCUCUGCUCCUCCAGGAGCCAAGGAGCCCUUUGCUAACCCGGCACCGUCGCUGCUGCUGCGCGGUCCCAUGCAUGGCACCAGGCUCCAGAGGACACUUCUGUUCUUUAUCAUUUCAUUGUCUGUAAUUGGUUUCCUACUGAAUCUGUUUGCUUGGUUUGUUUUGCAGUGUGUUUCUGGGAAUAUUCUGCAUCUCUGUAUUUUAAUUACAGUAAAAUUU